UGUACUAAUGAAUUUAAGAUUUAUUACGAUAAUGAUAGUACAAAGUGCUCAUGACUGUAAAUCGAAGAGAACUGAAUAGAUUUGGUAUCGUGGAAGUUAAAGCAAGAAAAAAUUGAUUGAUAUCGCCAAAUAAAGAUCAAAUAAGAGGCUUAUCAGAUAAACUUUUGAAGUCGGAGGAAGAUAAUAACGAGUAUGAGCUUUCAAAGUACGGAGACGGCUCGUUACCAAAGCAUGAGAAUGGAUUCAUACUGUAGUCGGUAUCAGGAGGUCCAAACGACCGUGGAAAGAAACGUGGACGCAAUUUUGUCGGAUCUAUGCGACAGGACUCGUACAUUAGUACGUGAGGAAGAACGUCCUGCUGACCACCAUCCAGCUCUUUGUCUAUUGAUUCAUUUGAGAGCAUGGAUGAGAAGACUGUUUCUAUGGACGACAACCCAUCCGCUUCUAGGGCAUCAUUUCUAAACUGCUGGCAGUUCACAGAUGUGUUUGUGUUUGCAUCAUGUUUGGAUUCCUUUGACUUGGUGCGGCGCUUGAACUUGAUUCCUGGGUGCUUUAGUUUGAACUCCUCGCUUCCGAUCUUUGCAAGUGUGAGGUAUCGAGAGCGCUCUUCUUCUGUAAGCUUAGCGUAUGCGGCUGAUGCCAUUGCUGAGACUACUUUCAUAUCACUGAUAUCACCACCGCUUGCUUUGAGAUUGUCUUGGUAUUCGUUGCGGUAAAUUAACCAAGCAUUCUGUGGCUUUGGGUUUUCGUUCAGUCUUUUCCUGCGUCUUUUUGGUGGACCUGGGUGUUGUGUGGAUGUUGUUAAUGUAUUAUCUUCAUUUUUCUGGAAGGGCUGCCAGUCUGUACUUGGCUGUUUCUGAAUGUAUUCCUCCAUCGGGGCUUGAUGGAGGUCCAUGAUAACGACGAAUGAAAGGCAACAAAAUGGUUUAGAUUUAUAAACAAUACGUAUCAUAUAAAUUGCAGCACAAAACAUCUGAUAUGUAAUUUUAUCCCUACAAGAAUAAGUUAACAUAACCCCUAUUCUAUCACCACUAUACGCGCUUAUCGCAAUCAUGCCACAAUUCUAGCGCAAUUAAUGCACGAGUCACUUCGAUUAAUUGAUGAGUCAUUUCCAUUAUAUUUAGAUGUGAAGUGAUUUCUAUUUUUACAAUGUCCGUGUGUCAACAACUCGAAAACAUAGCUAGAGAUUUCAGAUCUGACACUCUCACCGCUCCCACAGAUGGCAUGCUUUCCUACGCCUUUAAAGCGUCCCGCGGUGACGAUGUAUACGAGGAGGAUGACUCUACUAAUGAAUUCCAAGCCAAAUUUGCUGAACUCACCGGCAAGCAAGACGCUUUAUUCUGCAUUUCUGGUACCAUGGCUAAUCAAAUCGGUUUGAGGACAAAUCUUCAACAGCCCCCACAUAGUGUCAUUUGUGAUAGCAGAGCCCAUAUUUACCGUUUUGAAGCAGGAGGUGUAGCCUAUCAUUCUCAAGCUCAGGUCAUACCGGUCACACCGUCGAAUGGGCAUCAUCUUACUUUAGAAGACAUUCAGAAGGCUGCUGUCAUAGAUGAAAACAUACAUUAUGCUACCACACGAGUCAUUGCUCUUGAAAAUGCCACAGGUGGGCUUAUAUACCCACAAGAAGAGAUAAAGAGGAUAAGUGAAUGGGCUCAUGCUAAUGGUUUACUUAUGCACCUUGACGGUGCUCGACUCUGGAAUGUUCAUAUUGCGACAGGAUUAUCGGUCAAAGAGCUAUGUGAGCCGUUUGACUCUGUCAGUGUCUGCUUGAGCAAAGGUUUAGGUGCUACUAUCGGCAGUGUACUAGUCGGAAGCAAGUCUUUUAUUAAAAAGGCAACUUGGUUUAGAAAACUUUUUGGUGGUGGUGUCCGUCAGUGUGGAUUCGUGGUUGCUGCAGCUGAUUAUGCUCUUCAGCAUAACUUGCCUCUGAUUGAGAGGUCCCAUCAACUGGCAAAAAGGCUCUCUAUUGGACUUGAAAAUGCUGGCGUAAAGAUAUUAUCACCAGUUGAGUCUUCAAUGGUCUUCUACGAUCCUACAUCGCUUGGUGUAUCUUCUCAGGAAUUUAAUACACGUGCAAAAGCUGCUGGUAUUACACUACGUCCAGGCAGGAUAGUCUUACACUUCCAAAACACUGACGAUGCCAUUGACAAACUGGUUGCUGUCGCAGAAUCUUUCAGUAAACAACAUUAGAGCUAAUUGGUAUGUUAAAUUGCGCUAUAUGUACAACCAAGGUCAAUUGGAAUACUUUGUUUACAUAAACAGUCCACGAAUAUUGUCUUGCGAGUGAUUUUUGCAGAUCUUAGCCACGAUCUUGUAAAUACAUGCUCCACAAAGCUUUUAGCUUUCUCUCUGGAUCUAGCAAUAUCGUAAAGCUCAUUCAAUAAAUCGCGGACUACUAUGGUGGUCUCGAAUGGUGAGUUGUCAGCUCCCUUUAGUUCACCGCAAGCGAAGAAUUCAGACCAAACAUUUAUGAUAAGCUUCAUUGUAGACACAUCAAGCAAUUUAUUUUCUGAUCCUCCAAACUAGAUGGCUUUGAACGCUUCUUUGAGUAUAUGAACGUCUGCGCUAUUAUCAAUCCACGAGUCACUGGGGAAGGACUUCCGUAAUGCCGGUAUUGCGCCAUCGGUAAUUUUUCUGAUACUACUGAAAUGAAAUCUAAAUAUGGAUGAACGUCGGACGCUCUCAGGUUUAAAAUUUUCCUCUUGAGACUUGCUAAAUCCCUCAAAUUCUCGUACUCUAUCUUCAGCUUCAGCUUUCGCUUUUGCGUAAUUCAUUACUGCUUCUGGGUAAUCUGAACUUUCGAGUAACUCCGGAAGUCUGAUAGCUGCAUGCAGUACUGAUUCAUCGUCGGACUCUUGAUUAUCUGGUGAGUUGGUGGAGACUGUAUUUUCUGCUUGAUAAAAUUCUAUGGCAACUGGUUUCUUGUUGUGAUGUCCACCCAUUAAAAAUUGCUUAAAGACGUCAUCUCUGCCUGUAUCAAAGUUCAAACCGAGCUUGUUAAGGCUAUAGUCACACUG